CAAACAUUACAGUGUUGACAAAACCUUUUUGUUGCUUACUUGCUUUCACUAUCCAAAGAAGCUACAUAGCAACACUAAAUCACCAAAUACGUGUCUUAUUUCGCCCAUUCUAUGGAGUGGUAAAACAAAACUGCAGAAGAAUCCAGAGAAUUGUGAAAAUAAUAAAGAAGCGAAAAAAGUAGUUGCAAAUGAAAAAGUUUCUUGCUAUAAACUUCACACAGCGAGCAAUCUGUCAAGGACGUCAAGCACCAAAAUAAACAAUGAAGACUUUGCAGAUCUAGAAAAAUGUCUUUUCAUCUUGAUAACGUAAAAAGUGAGGUGAAAACUGAGUCAACUGCAGAUGAAGAGGAAUUGUGCAGAUUCUGUGCUCAAGGAGGAAGCCAAUAUUCAUCGAUAUUCAAAGAAAAUCUCAAUGAAUCUCUGUCUUCAUUCCUUGGAAUAUCCGUGCAAGAGUCGGACAAUUGGCCGAAAUUCAUCUGCCAGAAAUGCUGGGAAGCUGCGAAAGUGUCUGUGGAUUUCAUGUCGAGUGUCCGGAGAGCAGAAACCACUUUCCGGACUCUGUUUGGCGAGUUGGCGGAAGCGAUAGUAACAAAGCCCGACAUUGAAUUGAUUGAUGUGAAGGAAAUCUCUCUGGAACCUGAGUCAAAGGCGUCACAGGACGAUACGUCGGAUGAAUAUAUUCCUGAUCCCUCAUCCUCUGACGAAUUAGGAGUUUCAAAGUUUACUAGAAGACGUGGUAGACCCAGAAAGAAAUUCUUAACUGAAUAUACACUGACCACCAGGAGUGGCAGGAAGAAUACCGAAAGUCUACCUCAAGAAAUAGAUUCUACUGAAACUCCUAUAAGGAUAAAUCGAAAUUACGCUGAAAAACUGCACGAGGACGACGAAAGGAUAAAGAAUUUUUUCACGUUACGGUGCAACUUUUGCUCGGAGGGAUUCGAUAAGUUCAAAGUCCUGAAAUCUCAUUGCCAGAAAGCUCACAAAAAGGAAGCAUUUAUCAUAUGCUGUGAUAAGAAAUUGAAUAAUCGCACAAAAAUCGUUGCUCAUCUCAAUUACCACACGAAUCCAAAUGCCUACAAGUGCACAAAGUGCUCAAAGACCUACCACACUGCACAUGGCUUGCAACACCAUGAGCUGAAUCGUCAUGCCACAAAGGACGACCUCAAGUACAAGUGCCCAGAUUGUCCGCGGAGUUUUGCGACGUUGUAUCGGUUAAGGACACAUCGACAAUCUCACAUGCCACAGGCGGAAAAGAAAUUCAAGUGUCCUCAGUGCGAUAAGGCCUUUGCUCUGAACUCCAUCCUGACACAGCACAUCAGACACUCUCACGAGGGACGCAAUAAGCACAUUUGCGAGAUAUGUGCGAAGGAAAUUAAGUCAAAAUACACUUACCAACUUCAUAUGGAGAAUCAUUACUUCUCGGGAGUUGGAAAGCACGCUUGCACAAUUUGUGGGAAACUCUUCAAACGUCCUAGGUUACUGCAGCUUCACAUGGAGCGCCAUAACCAGACUGGAGAAGUCUUCAAAUGUGACAUCUGCGGCAAGGAAUCGCCCAAUAAAUCCGCCCUCACGCGUCACAUUCAGUACAGUCAUAAGACAGCGAGAAAACAUAGUUGUAAUCUCUGCAGCAGCGCCUUCAAGACACCAGUUGCACUAAAGGAACACAUGGCCACUCACACUUCCAGCCAGAUCCUCUACACUUGCCUCUUCUGUCCCAAGCAAUUCAACAGCAACGCCAACAAGUACGUGCACCAGAAGAGGAAGCAUCCUGUUGAGUACGAGGCAAUGAAGCAGAAUAAGUUGCCACCAGGAAAAACGUAGAGAAACAUUAAAGAAAGGAAAUCAGGAUUUUAGGAACAAUUUACUUAUAUUUAUUGUGUUUUCACCACCCU